GGGGCGAGGCGAAUCUCUUUAUCAAAAUAUAAACAAACAACUUCCAAGGCUGUUCAGCGUGUUAUAUUCAGUUCAGUGGGCACCACAUAACGCAACAGCAACUAACCGUGACAGGUGAUAUCCAAUAUUUUUCAUAGUCACUUCGAUAACUCCAUUGAAAUCGGAGCGCAUGAAGCUUGGUUGAAAAUUGAAAAACAAUGAGCUCCAAAGACGAAGAUGGUCCUAAAUUGGAGGCUCAAGAAUCCCUACUAUACUCCUCACGGCAUGGGGAACUUUCUGUUGUCAAAGCUCUUCUGGAAGCGAGGAAAGAGGGGAAAAUCACACUGGACAUAAAUUGCAAAGGGCAAAGCAAGAGUAACCUUGGCUGGACCCCUUUGCACUUGGCAUCAUACUUUGGCCAUGUGGACGUGGUGGAAGCCCUUCUGGAUGCGGGUGCCAAUGUUGACGAGGUCAAUGAGACUGGAGAUACUGCUUUGCAUAAGGCUUCGUUUAUUGGGAAUGAGGAACUAGUAAUACUUUUACUGAACUACAAAGCAGAUGUGAAUAUAAUGAAUGGCGAGGGCCGCACCGCAUGCGACGUAUGCAAAACACGAGAUGUGCAAAGGUUACUAGAGGCUGCGCAAAGGGCGGAACGGCAACAGAGGGAACGUAGACUUCUCAAUGCUGCCAAAGAUGGACAUAUUGAGGAGAUACAGGAACUGUUGAGCUCUCCAAACCCGCCGAACAUCAACUGCGUGGACGCCUUGGGCAACUCGUGUCUUCACUGCGUGGCGUACCGUGGUCAUGCGAGGGUUGCGGUGCUACUUCUACAGAACGGGAUCGAUACUACGCUCAGGAAUAAUAAUGGUCAACUGGCAAUCGACCUUGCGAAGGAUAAUGAGAUCCGUGAGGUGUUAAGCGUUAGGCCAGUGCAGCGGCUGCAGCGCACCGCGGCACGGUUCGAGGGCCCGCUGCUGAAGAGAUCACGGUUCCUCGGAUGGAGACCGGUUUGGGCGGUGUUGCAACGCGGCGUGCUGCUAUACUACGGGUCUCGGGCAGAGGCAGCACGCGAAGGCAGCCGCUGGCGCGGGCGCAAGUAUCUGGACGCGGCCAAGCUGACGGCCCCCGACGGCGAGCCCGCGCUGCUUGUCAUCAACUUCAGCGACGGCGACACCAACCGUCUGGCCGUGCCGCAGGGCGACAGGGAUGUCGCCGCCUGCCGACAGAUUGAACGCAACAGAGUUUUAGAAGAGGCGUUAGCAGCUUUAGCAAGAACGCAUCACGCCCUUGAAAUGUCCGUCGCUGAAGAACUUACUAAGAGCAAACGAAAGAAGAAAUCGUCGUCAAAGUCAUCGGUAAACGAGUCCAAAGAGAAUUUCUUCGACGUAUAUGAAGGGUCGGAAGACGAGGACGACACGCUCGUGACGGCCGGUCUGUCCAGUCCACUUGGGGCUUUAAGUCCUUGGGGCAGCAGCCCCGAUCUUACGAGACGCACACCAAUCGGAAGUUUGGAUGGCGACAGGACCCCGACGAACGAAGAGCAGGAUCCCCAGCAGCACGACCCCGUCCGUCGCCUGUCGAACGACUCAGAUUCGGGGCAGUCCCUGCACACGGCCCUCAGCCCUGCCAGCUCGCGCGGCACCCUCGUCUCGCAAGGCGGACACGUCUAUCGCAACGCCAGACCGUAUCGGAAGAACACAAAACCCAGAAUGUUGGGCGAUGAAACGGGAGGAUGA